AUGUCACAGGGCACGGCCGCUACGGGAAGCGCAGAUGAUACCCUUGAUCCCUUCUCAGAGGCGUACGCCCUCUCGCUCGACGGCGACGAUCCUCUCUCCCACUUCCGCGCAGAAUUCCACAUUCCGACCCUGUCAGACUUAAGACGCUCGACCCUAUCGCAGUCACCAGAGGAAACACCCUCGAAGCCAUGUACAUACCUCUGCGGCAAUUCUCUUGGUCUUCAACCCAUCCGGACCGCAAGUCUUGUUACCUCCUUUCUAACGCAGUGGCGGACGAAGGGCGUGCUAGGGCAUUUUGUCGAGCACUCCGACUCCCCACUACAGCCGUUUCUGCAUGUCGAUGACCACGCGGCAAAGCUCAUAGCACCGGUCGUCGGUGCGAUGCAGGAUGAAGUCGCCGUCAUGGGUACGUUGACAGGGAAUUUGCAUCUUCUCAUGUCGAGUUUCUACCGACCUAGUCAGAAAGGUACGGGAAGGUGGAAGAUCAUGUUGGAGGGCAAGGCCUUCCCAAGUGACCACUACGCAGUCGAGUCGCAGAUUUUUCACCACGGUCUUGACCCAGCAGAGGCGAUGAUAUUGCUGGAGCCUUUUGACGAACAGCAUCCGAUUUUGCCGACGCAACAGAUUCUCGAAGCGAUUGACAAGCACGCCUCCGAGCUUGCUCUAAUUCUUCUCCCGGGCAUUCAGUUCUACACGGGCCAAUACUUCGACAUGCAGACGAUCACGAAGCACGCUCACGCAAAGGGCGUUAUGAUAGGCUGGGAUCUGGCUCAUGCGGUCGGGAACGUGGAUUUGCAACUCCAUGACUGGGACGUGGAUUUCGCGUGCUGGUGCAGUUACAAGUACCUCAAUUCCGGACCUGGGGCUAUGGCAGGCAUCUUCGUGAAUGAGAAGUACGGCAAGGUCGACAUGGACAAGGAGACGGGGCAGCGAUACUGGCCCAGACUGAGCGGGUGGUGGGGCGACGACAAGAGCAGCCGCUUCCAAAUGACGAACAAAUUUGUGCCCAGGCCAGGCGCAGCGGGCUACCAACUAUCCAACCCCAGCGCCCUCGAUAUCACCGCCGUAAUUGCCUCGUUGCAAAUCUUCAAUGAAACCUCCAUGGCUACGUUGCGAGCGAAGUCCCAUCGUCUGACGGCUUAUCUAGAACAGCUCCUCGCUGUUAUGUCCUUGAUUUCUCCAGGGAAGUUCGAUAUCAUCACGCCCCGGAGCCCUAGUGAAAGGGGUGCACAACUCAGCAUCCGACUAGCGCCCGGUCUGCUUGACCAUGUGCUGGAGCACCUCGAGAGUAACGGUGUCGUUGUGGACGAGAGGAAACCCGAUGUCCUCCGAGUUGCCCCGACGCCGUUGUACAAUUCCUUCGCCGAUGUUCUUCAUUUCUGUCAGGUGCUUGAAGCCGCUUUAACCACUGAAGCAUCAUCCGGGCAAAGACUGGCCAGUGUCCCAUUGGGAUUGGAAAGCGUUUGA